UCCUAGUCCACGUCCUAUUUGCUAGUAGCGUUACGGCCCGCAUUCGCAUUUCAUCUCUCUAUCAGUAGUAUCUCCUUUGUCCAUUCUCUCGUGACUGGAAAUGGAAGACUCAAUUCGGAGACCACAAGCCCUGGCCUCCAAGUCUCCGCGAAGACGUGCAUCAUCAAGUCCAGAACCCGACCGCAGUAACCCAAAAAAGCAGAAACGCAUAGCGUGCAGAGAGUGCCGGCAAGCCAAGCUGAAAUGUGAUAAGUCAUCAAACACAGCUGAACCUUGUGCUCGAUGUCGGAAACUAUCCUUGGAAUGUCGAGUUGAGACAGAAUACAAGAGAUACAACAAGAAAAUCAGAAUCAACGAUCUCGCAGAGGAAAUUGAACGAUUACGUUCAUCGGUCACUGGAUCAGGAGCAUCAACAGCACAGCCUAUACUGGGGCCUGGACUCUCCUACACUUCUCGCCAGAUAGUAGACCCGCCACAUCUGCAACAGGGGCAAUCACCACAGGAUUCUCCAAUCCAUGUACCAGAAGUCUCCCUAAACACAGCUCCUCCAGGACAGCGACCAUUCUCGCCACCAAGAGACAUCUCACAAGAUAGGCACACGGCAGAUCAGGCAAGAAGUAUUGGUUUUGUCCAGCUUUCCCCCGAACAAAUCAAGGAUCUAUUUCAAAUAUUUUUCGAGCACCAUCAUCAUUUUCUCGACAUUAUUGAUUCUUCCCUUACACCCGAAUCAUGCUAUGCUUCAUCGCCUCUACUUUUCUGGGCUAUCAUCAGUGUAGCAGCUCGACACUAUGAUAAACGACCGAAGCUGCUAUCGUCUCUAAGUCAACAUGUAACGAGUCUAAUCUGGAACACUAUCUCAGUCAUGCCUCAUUCUCGCUACACUAUUCAAGCUAUCUUGCUCAUAUCUUUGUGGCCAUUCCCGACGAAUUCCAUGACUACUGACAUAUCAUUUAUGUUGGUGAACAUGGCGAAAACAGCUUCGAUGCAGCUCGGACUUCACCGUCCAGAGGUUGUCCAAGACUUUCUUCGUGUCAAGACUCGACUGGAUCCAGUGCAGUUUCAAAAAGCUGUCAAACUGUGGGCAGGAUGCUAUAUUGCAUCUCAAUGUGUCUCCGCAAGUAUAGGUCAGCAGUCCGUCUUGCCUUCAGACUGGGUCAUUGAUCAAGCAUGUAUUUUGGAUAAUCAAUAUACGCUGCCUGAUAAUCUUCGCUACCACCUUCUCAUUUGCAAAUUUAUUGCCAAAGCCAACAACGUGAUGGCUGAACGCGAACGAAAAUCCGAUGAGAACGAAGGUCUUAUCCUCGUAGCAAUGCUUGAGGCAGAUUUUGCAGAUCUGGAACGUCAAAUUGGCCACAAAAUUACAUCAAUUCACCAAAUUCUAUUGUUGAUGGCAUCACUACAACUCCGAACGUAUUUUUUCUUCGUCAAGCACAAUCCGGAAGCUCGCAGAGAGGGUAUCUUAAAAGCGUAUUGCACAGCACUUACGUUGAUAAAUAAAUGUGCCAACGCAGAAAGCUCCUGGGGCUUUACGCGAUACGCACCCGACGGAUGGAACCAUAUCUUGUCCAUGGCAGCCAUGUUGAUCAUGAAAAUCAUUCAUUCAAGCUAUGCCAAAUAUAUCGAUGCAGAUGAAGGAGAGCGAGCAUUCAAUUCCGUCAUCUCACUGAUGCAAAGUGCCUCCGUGCAAGAAAACGACGUCCGAUACAGAGUCUGCGUUGUUUUGACACAAUUGUGGGGUGUUCAUCAAUCAAUAUCAGUGAGGAAAGACGAAGAGCCGAGUCUCAGUGUCAAAAGCAGACUCGGAGCUAGCAUACUCCACGAUGCGCUUUGGCAAUGGAGAGAGAAAUUUGGAAGAAGAUCCGACAUGCAUCCAGUCACGAUGGAGUCCAAAGUCUCUGUUGGCGAUGAUCUGAAUGGUGAGCCGAACCAAGAAGAUCAAUCGAAUUCCAUUAGACACUUGCCUCUACCAGACGGAAUACCACCUGAUCUGGGGAAUGAUCCUUUCAAUUUUGGGAUGCCUGACCCCGAUUGGAUUUGGGACGUUGGCUUUCCUGCAUUCCUUCCCGUCGACAUCGAUUCCAACUCUCUUUCGUAUCCUCCCUGGACUGCUACUUAGGCUGGAACUUAGUAGUAACACCAAUAUAAAUCAACUCAGUGAUAUGACGGAAUAGAUUAACCACAACGAUCUCUCCGCUCGUUGCUCAAGCUUCAGUCAUGUGACCCAUACUUCGGCCCGCGAACGGUGCUUGACAUAAACAUUCGCCUAUGACGAUUUCCGGCUUGCCGUAUCUUCCUUCACGAUUCGAAUAUACAGAAAUG